GCUGGCUGGAUAUCGCAGGAACUACGACUAGACGUUUUCUCGCUUUCAUUCACGUCAGAUUGAUACUCUCAAACCCGGACGUAACCAACGCCUAGUCGCCGGAGAGGAACGAUGCAGACCAUAAAGUGUGUGGUGGUUGGAGAUGGAGCUGUCGGAAAGACCUGCCUUCUCAUCUCAUACACAACCAACAAAUUCCCCUCUGAAUAUGUUCCCACGGUUUUUGAUAACUAUGCUGUCACAGUGAUGAUUGGAGGCGAACCGUAUACACUGGGACUUUUUGACACAGCAGGUCAGGAAGACUACGACAGACUUCGACCUCUCAGUUAUCCGCAGACAGACGUCUUCCUUGUUUGCUUCUCGGUUGUUUCUCCUUCCUCCUUUGAGAAUGUGAAAGAGAAGUGGGUACCAGAGAUCUCUCACCACUGUCCACGCACUCCAUUCCUUCUGGUGGGCACUCAGGUCGACCUGAGGGAUGACAAUAACACUGUGGAAAAACUUGCCAAAAAUAAGCAGCGCCCCAUAUCGCCCGAGAGUGGGGAGAAGCUGGCCAGAGACCUCAGAGCUGUCAAAUACGUGGAGUGCUCCGCCCUCACACAGAGAGGCCUGAAGAAUGUUUUCGACGAGGCGAUACUUGCUGCCCUUGAACCUCCGGAGACCAAACCCAAGAAGCGCUGCGUCCUUUUGUAGGAACACAAGCAGUGGGUGAUGCACUCACUCCAACAAGAGAGGCAGAGAAAAAGAAACAUUCUGGUGGGGUUUUUUUUUAAGGUUGGUAGGGCUUGGGGUUUAAAGUGGAGAGAGCUACAAUUGGGAAAAAUUACGGGAACAAAACAGCAAAAAAACAUGAUAAUGGAGGAAUUGGCAACGAAAAUGGUAUUGCAAACCAAUGCACACUGUGCCUUUCUAAAUCUUUCUAGAACAGCAGAAGAAAUUAGAGAACCCUGGAACCAAUAACACCCCUGCAAAUAAAGUAUAACGAUUUAAAAAUGAGAUAAAGGCGCACUUUACGCAUGUGAUGUCUUUCAGAACAACAUAUAGAUUCAUUUUAAUGCUUGAAGUGUCAGUUACAUGUAAUGGAUCCCAAAAAAUAAAAAAGUGUGACAGUGGCACAGAUACAUGAGAUUAAAUGCUUCAGGUUUCUGAUCGGCAUCCAAAAUGAUUUUUCGAAAUGCUUUCGCUGGACAAACACUUGGUUUGUCUUUGACACAUGCUUCGCUCUAAGCCGCACAAGAAUGGUUAGCACACAAUGUCUAUAAACAGCACAUUUCAUAAAGUGUAAAGCCAAACAUGCUGACUGGUCUGAUGAGCACUUCUGCAGGGCUCAGCUAUUUGCUCUGUAACCUGUGGAUAGUGUGUUUGCAGAAGCUGAUUUCAGCUUUCUUGAGUGUCCUCAUUUGAGCGCUUUCGCCGCGUCGCAAAAUUGCAAUGGGCACAAAGCUAUUUUAGACAAAUUUGCCUUUGAGUGUUGUUAUGGGGUCUGUUUCUAGUUUUUAAUGUUGCAUUUUUGCCAGUUCUAGACUCGCAUGACAACUGUAGGCAGGUUGUAUUCUAUGUGUGGUUCGCAUACUGUUGUUAAUACGUACUGGACUGGAUCUGGCACAAAAGCAAGCUAACGUGAUUGGUUUGGGCAUUUAAUGAGCUCUAAUCACUGACAAUGGCGUUGAAAUGGAAAUACAAAAAUAAACGAUAACAAUUUUAGAUAGUUUUACCAUUUUAAUGUUGGAAUCAGAGUGUUAUGGCCAUAGAAAUACACUAUGGCCACAUCCCCCCCUGAGUGACCUGUGUUAUAUGGUUUUUAAGAGAGUUUGGGAUUUGCGUGGAAGCCAAUGGAUUUUUAGUUCAAGCAUUUGUUUCUUCCUGUAUGAGCCAGACUGUUCUCUUCUUCUGUGGUUCAUGCUCCUAGAAUCUCUCUUAAGUGCAUUUACUCUUGAGCCAUGCAAUGCCUUCUGCUGGCCGGUUAGAAAACUGAAUUUUAUUUUUUAUUUUUUUAUUUUUUUCUCCUUUUGUUUUGACUUCGAGUAUGAUGUAUUAAAUGUAUUACUGUUUUCCUCUUGGGUGAAUGAAUUUAGUGGUGACGUUUUGAAACUUGAGUUUUUUUUUUAAAUGACUUUUUAUUUUAUUAUUUUUUUUUUUUUUUUGCUAGAGUACCAUUUGAUUGUGAUUUAUUAAUAAAAUAACAAUUUGAAAUGUAAUAUUUUGAAUAACCAAUCUUAACAGUCAUGUGAGUAAAAAGGAGGAUAACCAAUGAUGAUGACGGUUUGAAAUGUGGCCUUUUCUUAGUCAAGUUCUGCGGUGUUUGGAAUCUCACUAUAUUUGUAAUAAAAGUGGUGCGACUGACA